CUGUCAACAGUAUAGUCAUUGUCAAAUUCAAUAAUUGUCAACAAUUCAUAUGUACCUAUCACAAAUCAUAAUGUAUCUCAUAUUUUAUGUUUAUCCAUAAUUAUAUAAUUAUUUAAAAAUGUUUCGUCGUAUUCUGCCUACUAAUAUAAAAGUUUUUAAUAACCGAUACAUUGUGUAUGUGCCCAAACAUAAACCUCCAGAUCACAAAGAUAUCGAGAUACUCAGAAGUUUCUUGGUUAAACACGACAAAAUACUUAUUUUAACGGGGGCUGGUAUUUCUACAGAAUCGGGAAUACCUGACUAUAGAUCAGAGGAGGUUGGUCUCUAUGCUCGGAGUAACCACAAACCCAUCCAGUAUCAAGAAUUUGUUAAAUAUCCUAAAGUGAGACAGCGGUAUUGGGCGCGAAACUUUGUUGGUUGGCCAAGAUUCAGCAGCGUUCAACCUAAUGAUACACAUUUAGCUAUCAGGGAGUUAGAAAAGAUUGGCAAAGUAACAUCCAUAGUGACUCAAAAUGUUGACAGACUACAUCACAAGGCUGGAUCUGAGAAUGUCAUAGAGCUACACGGAACUGGUUAUAUUGUAAAAUGUUUAAAUUGUCCAUAUGAAAUAGACAGACAUGAGUUACAAGAUAAGAUAUUGAAGAACAAUCCAAGUAUUCAGAGUAACUUUACUAUGAUUCGACCUGAUGGGGAUGUUGAUCUUUCUAAGGAACAAGUAGACAAUUUCAGAGUGCCACUUUGUCCCAAGUGUGAAGGUCCUUUAAAACCGGACAUUAUAUUUUUUGGUGAUAAUGUGCCAAAGCAACGAGUAGAACUAGUAAGAAGUAAAGUGAGUGAUAGCGAUGCUGUCUUUGUAUUAGGAUCAAGUCUCACUGUAUAUUCAAGUUAUAGAAUAAUUCUGCAAGCUAGAGAAGAGAAUAAGGAAAUAGCUAUUUUAAAUAUUGGGCCAACAAGAGCAGAUGACAUAGCCCACAUCAAAGUGUCAACAAAAUGUGGUGACAUAUUACCUGAAUUGUGUACUGCAAUAAAAGUGUAAUUUAAAUAAAAUUGCUAGUCUAAGGAAAAAUGCUACCUCUUUGUUAAGUUUAGAAGUUUUAUUUUAAUAAAUAAACAUGAAGCAAUGGUA